ACAUGGCAAACAUGGCGUAUGCGCAACAUGCAACUGCAACAAGUGCAACAACAUAUGCUAUUUCAGUUCACUUACUGAGCAAUUCGCGUCAAUUAGGCUAUACACGCUCCAAGGCACAACAUAAUUGAAGCUGUCUGCAAUUGCCAUUAUUACUACAACAGCAACAACAACAAAGGAGGAAAAUAUUGAAAUCGAAAAUUAAAUCAAAUUUAUUGAACGCCUCAAUUCGCCUCUGCCAACAUGUCCGAGUUUCGGUUCUUUUCGUACACCGACUUUGCUUUCAGAACGAAUCACUCGCAGAAUCUGAUCAAUCUGCCCUUUACGCAAUACCAUGCCGCCGCCAGUACUCAGCAGACGGAGCAGACGUCGGCGGACAUCGAGCUGAAUGUGCCGUACACCGUGUUCGAGGUGCUUGUGGCCAUCAUCAGCAUCAUUGGCAACCUGAUGGUGAUCAUUGUCUUCCGGCGCGAACGGAAGCUGCGCCGCCGCACCAACUACUACAUCGUCUCGCUGGCCAUGGCCGAUUUCCUGGUUGGCUCGCUGGGCGUGCCCUUCGCCAUACUGGCCUCCAUUGGCUUGCCCAAGAAUCUGCACGCCUGCCUCUUCACCGUCUCGCUGCUGGUGGUGCUCUGCACCAUAUCCAUCUUCUGCCUGGUCGCCGUCUCCGUGGAUCGCUACUGGGCCAUACUCUACCCGAUGGCCUACUCCCGCAAUGUGCGCACCCGCACGGCAAUUGUCAUCAUAUCCGUGUGCUGGUUGGCUGGCGCAAUUGUGGGCUUUCUGCCGCUCUUCGGCUGGCACGCGGAUGUGCCCCACGAUCAGACCUGCCUGUUCGUCGAGGUUAUGGACUACAACUAUCUGGUCUUUCUGUACUUUGCCACCAUCAUCACGCCGGCCCUGCUCAUGCUGGCCUUCUACACGCACAUCUAUCGAGUGAUUAUCAAGCAGGUGCGCCAGAUAGUGACCAUGAAUCCCGCAUCGGAUCUGAGCCGACGCUCCUCCACCGCCCAGAUGCAGGUGACCACAACGGGGCGCGGCGGCCACACGGGCACCAUGCUCCGCGUCCUGGGCGCCGCACGCAAGCGGGACGUGAAGGCCACGCAGAAUCUGUCCAUCAUUGUGCUGUUCUUCAUGAUCUGCUGGAUACCGCUGUACACGAUCAACUGCAUCAAGGCCUUCUGCCCCAACUGCUAUGUGCACCCCAAACUGACGCUCUUCUGCAUCAUACUCUCGCAUCUGAACUCGGCGGUCAAUCCCGUGCUCUACGCCUACCACCUGAAGGACUUUCGACUGGCGCUGAAGAACCUCAUGCUGAGGCUGAUGGGCGUGGACAUCGAUCAGCAGGCGGAGGCCAUACAUCGCUUCUCGCUGGCCAGCCAGCACCGCCUGCAGUCCAUGGACUCCACCAUGCGCACCACGCAGCCGCGCAUGUAUGUGGGUGAGUGUGAGUGCGCGUCGUCUACUUUAAUGCUUAGCGAAUGGCGAGCUAAUGAUCCUCUCUCCCGAUUCACAGACUCGCCCAUUUGGCUGCGCCAGCAGCAGGAGGCGCUCAAGAACUCCCAGCUGCUGCCCAAGUGCGGCGUCCUCACGCCCUGUGUGAACAGCAUCAAUCAGACGGUGGCCGCCGCCGUGACCGCCUCCACGGACAUUGAGCGCGACAUGUGGAACAUUGUGGAGGCAUCCAGCGGAGCGGAGCUAGGCGAGAUUAGCUAUGAGUUUCCCAGCGCCAAGCGGGAGAGCGAUCAUGAAAGCAGCGCCUCGAUUUCAGCGCCGGCGACUGCGCAGCCAGCUGUGCAGUCAGCGUCGCAGCAGCAGCGCUGCGACAGCGCUUUCUCGUACGACAACCAGAACUACUCGACGGGACCUGAGGACGGCAUCAGCCUGCCCGACGACCUGGACGAGUAUGAGGACGUGUUUGUGCCGCCAAGCGGCAACCACAACUACCAGGGCGUCGAUCCCGUCGAGCUGCGUCGCUCGUUGGCCUGUGUCAUGCGCGAGAAGCUGCGCAGCGAUGACACCGACUACUACAGCCAGCAGGCUGCACUGCAGGAUGCCAGCAGCGGUGACCAGGAGCUGCCGUCCACGCUGGAACGGGUCAGACCCUGCUCCACGCGCACCUCCCCCAGCAACGGAACACUGCCGCAGCAACUGCGCGCCAAGCUGCUCGCCGGCAACUCGAACAGCGAUCACUGCCUGCCCCUGCCCAGCACAGGUGCCAACAGCGCCGGCAUCUAUGUCAUCGAUGGCGCCACGAAUCCCCUGUCGCCUGGCCACAAGCCGAAGUAUCGCAAGUCCACGGCACUGACGCGCAACUCGCGCAAGAAGAGUCGCUCCUGCACCUGCGCCAACGAACAGAAGCAGGCGAGCCCUGGCGAAGCAGCCAACUCUACAGCCGGCCAGCCUAACCAUAGUCUCAGCACCAGGCAGUCGGAGGAGUCGCCGCCAGCUCAGACGAGUCACGAGCACUUCUUCAGUCCGCUCAAGUCAGUGGGCAGCUUUAUGCAGCAUUCCAAUAUUUUUAAUCUCUUCCAGCCGCACGCAACGGCGACCACAGCCCCAACGGCGCUGAACACUGCUCCUGGACCAGGCUCAGAGACGGGGACGGGGACAGGGACAGGGACUGGAACAGGACUGGGCACAGGGACAGGAACAGCAUCAGGGGAAGGCACUGGAGCUGGACCCACUGCUCCUCCAUCUAUGCCCAAUUCACGACUGAGCGUUGGGCCAUUGACCUCCACGUCGGCCUCUUCGUCCUCGUCUCUAGUCGCUGCCAGCGUUGAGAGUUGACCUACGGUCAAUGCUCCUCACCAGGCAGACAAAGACUAGGCAAAUACUCGCAAGACAAAAGCUUUUAGCAUAAGUACCUAGUUUUCGAGUUUCAAACGACUCCACCAUAGAUCAAUGCUUGGAACAGCCGGAAACGGA